AUGGUUACUCAACGUGUGAAACCAAUCCGGUCUAAUGAAAUGCUAGUUAAGCCCAAUGGUGGAUCUCCAAAUGCAGUAGAAGACACGGAGGUUCAGGACGAGAAGGAGACUGUACCGCUUGGUUUCGCCGUAAAUACACGCAAUUAUCAGGCACUUAUUGACAAUUUAGCAUGCAAAGCCUCUCUCUCUUGUAAGAGUGUAUCAUCAGGUUGUCGACGACAGACACUUGCCAAAAGCACAAUGUACCAGCAGAAUCAACCGCUUCAGAGCUGUAUAGUAGACGAGAAGAUGGCUGCAGCGGACCAAGACGAAGAAGACAGCUGUACUGUCGUGGGACUGCCAGUGAACACGAGAAACUAUGAAACUAUUGUAGGAGACAAUCGCCUCAUUCGGUCAGACCCAGGGACGUUGUAUUGGCUUAAUCGACGCGCGACUGUUGCGACGAUGGCGCAGCCAAUACAAAAAGAUGAGGAGGUUCCUGUGGCUGUAGAUGAAGCUGAUGAAGAGGAAGAUGAUAAUGCUGUCAUGGGGCUACCGAUUAACACAAGGAAUUACGUGGCCUAUCUAGCAGGUGAACCGGGAUCAAAAGUGCACCAUGCAGGACACCGUAAUCGAGGAUACAGCAAUCUUGCAAAUGAGAAGGAGGUUCGUGAAUCGCGUGUUAGUGAUCCGUACUUGUCCUCUUCACAUCGUGGACACCUCUCUUCUGAUCCCCAUGCAGCUUUUAAUCGUAAAAAUCAGAAGGAUACUUGUCCAUCCUAUUUUGAAAACCGUCGUACAUCCAAUGCGGCAGUUGUUCCCCACGCAGGCUGGGUUUGCAUUCAACAUGGUGCAUUUAGGUCGUGGAAACGAUACUAUGCAGUGUUGUCGGGUACCGAGUUUAAAUACAGUAAAGGCGUGGGCCAGACACCGAAGGGUUAUGGUCUUUUGAUGUCCGUCAAGGAAGUAGAAGAUUUGCGCUAUGGACUUCAACUUGAGUUUGGUGAUGGCAGCACGCUUCAGAUCCGCUGCUUAAAUGACCAGGACAAUAAGGAAUGGUUGAGUUCGAUGGAAAGGGCCAUAGAGCGCAAUCAUACCCUCAACUCGCGGUCGAAAACGUCAUAUAGACUCACAGCAUGUGAGCAACACGAGGGACAUUUGUUCAAACAAGAGAAAAAUAAAGCAUGGAAGCGGUAUUUCUUUGUUGUGCGCGUUGACGGCUACAUCGAGUGCCGAGAUGGUGAGCACGGUACUGCUGAUCGGAAGUGUUCUGGAUAUAUUAAGACUGUAUCAUUUGCAGACUGCCACGCGAAUGGAUUAGCUAUCCAGCUCAGCACCGAUAUGUCUAUGGUGUGCUACGCAGAGUCAUAUGAUGAGCAGAUGCUUUGGUAUGGCGCUAUUUCAGCGGCUGCUAGUGCGAAUGGCAAGAUAGUGCAGCUUAUUACGUCGGUGAAAAGUUGCUAUAUACAGACAGCGCUGGCAAACCACGCCGGAUGGCUAUACAAACAGGCAGGUCUAUUUAAGGGCUGGAAGCGUUUGUACUUUACACUGCAUGGCAUUGAACUAGCGUAUGCCAAGGACACAAACUCGGCGACUGUGCUUUCUGAUAAGGCGCAUACCGUAGAAGAAUGGGAAGGUCAUGCGAACGGGCUGUUGAUUCGGCUAAAGAGCGGACGUGUCUGGAAAGUUCAUGCCGAGACCUACGAAACAGCUAAGCGGUGGCGUUCCGUCAUUAGCAGCGCGUGUCGGCACGCGGAAACUUUCAAUAUAAAGAAAUAUUUGAAUAGCCGGCGCCGUAAGAAAUUAAGGCCCGUAUUUGGUGGAUGGCUUACAGAGGUGAAGAAGGGCUCACGUUUGCGGCGCUUUUAUGUGAUGGAUGGCUCAUCCCUGGGUGUUGCAAAUGAUGUAGACAAUCAGCUUGAGAGUCUUGGUAACGUUGUGGACGUGGGGUCGACGCGUGACCUGGCAUGUGGUAUGGUAUUUACGCUUGCCGAUGGAAACAAGGUCAAGGUGAACUGCGACUCGUUGGCCGACUCCAGGUGCUGGUACGAGUGUCUGAAAUUUUCGCUGAGGAGACGCGUUCCAGUGAAUUGUUGUACAAGAGUGGCUGGGAUGUCAGUUGUAGGGUAUUAG